CACACAUCUUUUUUUUCACAGAUAAUAAUGCUUAAACCUACAUGGUUAUUAUUCUUGUGUGUCUUGAUACACAUCACGGCAAUCUUUGCCGCGCACACAAAGAGAGGAGACUGUGACGAGGAUAAGCCAAAAAAGACAAGCACUCAAAUUAUUCAUAAACCAGAACCUACGCAUACAUCAACAACCAUUAUAGCAGUAACAGUGACAGAUAAGGUCACGGCUACUCAUGUUCCCAGUGCCCAACCUACUAUUCCUUCUAAAAACGACACUGCUUCUAGAGAACAUUGCCAUACAUGUGAAAAUUCCUGUGAGCACUCAUGCAGUGACAGUCCCUGUGGUCACACAUGUAAGGAUGGUCCUUGUCAUGUCGUGUGUAUUUACAAAACUCCUCCUCCCAAGUAUGAACCCCAAAUUGUUGCAGCAGGUGCUUUAUUAAUGACGCUGGGACUAUUUAUGAUGUUGAUGGGGUUCCCCUUUUUUAUAGUCACCAUGGCAAUUACCGGUCUAUUAUUGGGAUCAAGUGUUACCUGGGUUUGUUUACAUGCUGCGGAACCUCCGCUAGGAUACCCAAUGCCUUCUACUUUCUAUCUUGCAUGCUGCAUUGGUGGAGGACUACUGCUGGCGGGUAUAUCCUUAUUUUGGUGGAAAGUAACCAUGUACUUACUUUGCGGUGCAGCAGGCUACUUAUUAUCUUUGUAUAUCUGGACAUGGCGAGAAGAUUUUAUUUUGCAAGACAUCCUUGCACGAAAUAUCAUUGGAUUAGCAUUAGGGUUUAUAUUUAUUUUAGGGUUUGUGCUUGUUGAGUUUGCUACUGUCAUUCUGUCUACAUCUUUAAUUGGUGCAUACGCAUUUAUAUUUGGGUUGGAUUUGUUUGUAAAGACUGGAUUCUUGAUCGGUUUCAAAAACAUUUUGGACUUCAAUAGACAUUUGACCGGGAAUCAUGAUUAUAUAGACGCUUCGACAGCCAAGCCAAUGGAUGAAGCUUCGAGAUUUUACGCUCAUUAUACGAUCAAUACAAAGGUGUACGGCAUGCUUGCCGCGGUGGUGGGGCUCUGGAUGGUAUCUAGUAUCUGGCAACGGUACUAUAAUAGCGGAAAUAGGUUUGGUCUCCGUGUCAUCAAAAACUCUAAUGAUACACUGAAAGCUAAAUUCCAAAAGAUUACACCCAAGACAAAAUACUCUAGUACCGAUUAA